AUGCUCCAGCUGCUACAGCCUCGGCCCCCACAGCAGAAGUUGGUACUUCUCAGAAGGUCAACCAGGUGUUUGAACCGGCUGAUACCUUGCCAUCCCGGAGCGAGGCUGCUGCUGUGCAGCCCGUCAUUGGGAUUAGUCAGAGAGUACAGAUGAACUCCAAAGAGAAGAAGGACUUGGGGACACUAGGAUAUGUGCUGGGGCUGAUCAUGAUGGUGAUCAUCAUUGCCAUCGGAGCCGGUAUUGUCGUGGGAUACAUCUAUAAGAGGGGGAAAGACCUGAAGGAAAAGCAUGAGCAGAAAGUUUAUGAGCGUGAAAUGCAGCGCAUCACACUGCCACUCUCAGCGUUCACCAAUCCUGCCUGUGAGCUUGUAGAUGAGAACACAAUUGUGGUGCACACUAACCAAACGCCUGUGGAGGACACGCGUGACGGCAGUGGCCUGCUGAUGGGGCAGGCGGGUACUCCGGGUGCCUGAACAGCUCGGGCAGGAGCGAUACAGGCUGAGCAAAGCCUCCAGCUUCCCACUGUGAGUGCAGGGGUUGCGUGUGUUCAUUUGUAUUUUGUUUUCUUUUUGAUGAAGGUGAAGCAGAGGAACA